GCACCGUUAAAUUUCCGCCGUGCCAACAAACGCAUCGUCUUUGAGUAUGCACAUCGUAAAUAUAAUUUACCUUUCUGUUUCCUCUUAGGUAUAACUGUACCUCGAAGUUGGAGUCAAAAUAACAAAUCAUGGCAUCGCUGGGGAGCAGCAGUUCUUCCGGCACUGAAUACAUUGUGCGAGUGCCUAAAAAUACUAACAAGAAAUACAACAUCAUGGCUUUUAACGCCGGGGAUAAAGUCAACUGUUCAACGUGGACACAGGCUCGUAUGGAGAGAGACAUGAGUGCUCGGAAGAUAUAUGGUGAAGAAGAGACACCGGAGGGGGCAGCUGGCAGCGAGUUUGGCAAAAAGCAGCGCGAGGAGGCGCGGCGGAAGAAGUUUGGCAUUGUCACGCGGGAGUUCAAACCGGAGGACCAGCCUUGGAUUCUUAAAGUCAACGGCAAGGCUGGAAAAAGGUUCAAAGGUCUGAAAAAGGGCGGCGUCACAGAGAAUGCGUCCUACUACAUCUUCACCCAGUGUCCCGAUGGAGCCUUUGAAGCCUUCCCUGUUCACGGCUGGUACAACUUCACUCCGGUGGCGAAACACAGAACUCUCACUGCGGAGGAGGCUGAGGAGGAGUGGGGCAGGAGGAACAAGGUGGUGAACCACUUCAGCAUCAUGCUCCAGCGACGUCUCCGCGAGCAAACGCAGGGUGACGAGGAGGAGGAGGAGAGCGAGAAAUCGGCCAAGAAGAAGAAGGGCGGCGGUCGAGGUGGCGACCUGCGCAUCCACGACAUGGAAGAUGACUUUGAGAUGAGCAGCGAUGACAGCGACAACAGUCUGGGCGAAGAUGGAGAAGGCAAGACCAAAGCAAAGAGUGAAGCGGGGAAAGGAAAAUCAAAGAAGAAGAAGAAGAACAACGACAAAGAGGCUUUGGAAGACAGCGAUGAUGGUGACUACGAGGGUCUCGAGGUGGAUUACAUGUCAGAUGAAAGCAGCAGUUCGGAUGAAGAACCUGAAAAAGGAAGGCCCAGUAAAGGAGAAGACAUCCCUAAAGGGAUUGAUGAGGCCUCAGAAAGUGAGGAAGAGAGCGAAGAGGAGAAACAGAACGAGGAGGAAGCAAAGGAAGAGGAGGAGGAAGAGGAAGGAAAGAAAACACCAGCACAGGCAGAAAAGAAGAAGAAAAAAGACAGCAGCGGCGAAUCAGACAGCUCGGACGACAGUGACAUCGAGGGAGAAACGGCCUCCGCUUUAUUUAUGGUGAAGAAGCGCACUCCUCCUAAGCGCGGGGGUGGACGCGGCUCUGCCGGGAGCUCCAGAACUGGCAGCCGGCCGGGAACGCCAUCGAUAGACUCCGCCGCAACCUCCAACACACUUCGCGCUGCUGCCAGCAAGCUAGAGCAAGGUAAAAGACAGACGCAAGGUCCAGGGACCGACUCGCCAGCUGCCAAAAGGCUCAAGAUGGACCCCAGCGGUCAGAGCCCUUGCCCCUCUGGGAAGAGCACGCCUCAACCCCCAUCGGGAAAAUCUACUCCCAGUUCCAGCGACGUACAGCUCACAGAAGAGGCGGUCCGCCGCUACCUAAUCCGGAAACCGAUGACCACCAAAGACCUGCUGAAGAAAUUCCAGACCAAGCGCACUGGCCUGAGCAGUGAGCAGACUGUCAACGUGCUGGCGCAGAUUCUGAAACGCCUCAACCCGGAGCGCAAAAACGUCAACGACAAAAUGCAUUUUUAUCUCACGGAGUAAACGCGGGAUGGGGGCGGGGCUAGAAUAGGCUCCAGAUCCCCUCUGACCCUUUUGAAGACUAGCGCUGGAGAAAAUGGACAGAAGUGGAUGGAGGGAAGUGGAGAAUCAUUUUGUAGUGUGUUUUCGUGAUUAUGACACCAAAGCUGGAGAUUAAUUGCUACACAUGUAGGUGACAUUUUUUUUUUUUCCAUUAACGUCAUGUAUAGCAACAGAACUCGUGUUGAAUGAAAAGAAACAAUUGCUGUUCACAACUAUGAACGUACAUGAUAGAAUCAAGUUGUUUUCUAAUAAAACUUACAAACCAAUAUAAGGG